GGUAGGUUUGACAAAGCAAAUGAGUGAGUCUUUGACAUGAAGACAGUGGUUAGAUUCUGCCAUUGGGACUGCUCUGAUGUUGUUUCCAUUCUCUCCUGGUUAUGACCAUAGAGCCUUGUCCCAGUCUCUAGACCUGCCUGUCUGUGUGGUGGAGGACCACCUGACCUCUGAAGCUGUCAAUGAGAUGGAGCAGAGCAAUUCUACCAGGAGCAGAGCAACCUCAGUGAUGGAAACCACAGAAGAGGGGAAGCUCAACAAUGUAGAACAUCUGACACUUAUGGACUUCCUUCAAAACCUAACUGAGAAGCAAUGGAGGGGGAUUCGUGAGGGCAUGUUUGACCCGCUGACAAAACAACAGCUUGCCGGCUUGUGUCUGAGGAUUGUCCAGUUUUUAUCGGACAAGCUGAUGCAGAUCAUCAUCCCAGGUCUUUACGAACUACUGGGCAUCCAAGAUGCUGCCUCCUCUCCAUUGUCACAGAGAUCUCUCACAGCGUCACUCACCAGUCUGUUAGACGAUAAGACUAACACCAAGUCCCGCGUGAGAUUUACUGAGGCUGGUGUAACUAAGAGGCCAGGCAGUCGAAAGUCUUACAAUAGCUUUCGCAUCCCGACUCCCUACCCUUCCUCCAACUGUGUGGAGCAGGAAGAGGAAGAAGAGCAGGAAUCACAACUUAAGUUCAAGGAGAUUUACCUGACUAAGGGCAGUGGAAGCUACCUGCCCAAUGGGGCCAUGAGGUAAGUCCCAUGAUGGUAGUGACUGUCCAUUACUGUUUAUGACUUAUCAACCAUCAUUUACUUUCUCAUAUAAAAUAUUUAUUUGAUGACUUUAUUAUUUCAUUCCAAGUCAUCAACUCAUCCCUAUAGAGCUGCUGCUUAUCCUGUCUGACAAAAUCACUAUUUUAGUAGUUCUUCUAAGUAAAUAAGACCUACUUUUAUGACCGCUGAACACCAACUGUCAAUCACUUAGAUCAUGUAUUUCCAGGUAGAGAAUCCUCGCAACGCAACUGCUUUUUAUCUCUCUCAUGCAUUCUCUCGUCUCUCCGUCUCAGUCAAUGAGGUUUCCGUAUCUGCUCCACACAGAGUGGACAAGCAAGUGGGCGUGCAAUGGAUUAUGGGAAUUAAUUGCCAUAUUUUCUGUGCCAAACUAUGUCGAAUAUUGACCUGUUGGAAACUACAACUACCUACUACAUUGCAUAGUUCGUGCUUGAUCUGAUUUAUCUCUACAGAAACUGAGCAUCGAGCUCACAGAAGAAGAAAAAAAAUAACUAUAUGGAAUUCAAAUAAUUGAGCCGACGUCGAAGUUGUUUAAAAAACGAAAAAUAACAAAAAUGUUGGUUAAAUGCUCAGCUUUAGAUUCUAAUGACAUCAUCAGUGUGCACCAUGGUGCUUGCCUACGGAGCUGUGAGGGGAACGGCACCUCAGUACCUCCAGGCUCUGAUCAGGCCCUACACCCAAACAAGGGCACUGCGUUCUUCCACCUCUGGCCUGCUCGCCUCCCUACCACUGAGGAAGUACAGUUCCCGCUCAGCCCAGUCAAAACUGUUCGCUGCUCUGGCCCCCCAAUGGUGGAACAAACUCCCUCACGACGCCAGGACAGCGGAGUCAAUCACCACCUUCCGGAGACACCUGAAACCCCACCUCUUUCAGGAAUACCUAGGAUAGGAUAAGUAAUCCUUCUCACCCCCCCCCCUUUUAAGAUUUAGAUGCACUAUUGUAAAGUGACUGUUCCACUGGAUGUCAUAAGGUGAAUGCACCAAUUUGUAAGUCGCUCUGGAUAAGAGCGUCUGCUAAAUGACUUAAAUGUAAAUCAUGUGAUUUUAACCAAUUAUGAGUAGGCAUUGCCUACUAAUUGGUUGAUGAUGUCAUAGAAAACACUUAUCUUCCUCUUUCUUUUUUUACUACAAAACAUAGAAAUGCCCGUUUUUCACAUAUGCUGAUGUUGGGGUGGUGCUGGAGAUGAUGAAUAUGAAGUUGAAACAUUUAGAAAUUUCCCUUUAACAUUUCUUCAAACUGCCUUGUAUUUAUGAUUGUCCUUGAAGUUAUUAGAAGUUACAGUAUUUGAAGUUUAUAGCAAUUUGGAUUUUUGUAGAGGAUAGAUAUUGCCAGGAUAGAUGGAUAUCUACAGGCCAGUUUUAAUACAAAUGACUUAUACAAAAUACAUUUUAUUGGGCUUUAGAAAUUAAGCAGUUAGGCUGACAUCACACUAAGUUUUUUUCUUAGAGAAACAGCAGCGUUUUCCUCAUUGUUUUUAAUGGUGCAGGUGGAUUUGACACACUGAAUGUGCAUCACAGCCUAACAUAUUAUUUGUUUGACUGAUGAUUUCUGUUGUUGUUUUCCCAAGGACUCUAACCUCUCUGUCUGAUGUGCAGAAGAAAACAACCAACUCUGAGACGCUACAAGUCCUCUUAGGUGUCUCAGAGGACACCCUCGUCACCUGUGUGCAGGACAGCCUGCAAGGUUCUCUCUCCAAACUUGCAUGCAUGUC